AAUUCAGUCAAGAUGCCAGUUCUUCACGAAUAUACUUAUGUCUUUGCCAUUGGCACGUUCUUUGCUCUUCUUGAAGCAUACAACAAUGGUGCCAACGAUGUGGCCAACGCUUGGGCAACCAGUGUUUCCUCGCGCUCAGUCUCAUACCGCCAGGCUAUGGUAAGCUGGAAAGGCAAUGUAUACACUCGUAUGGUCAUGCUAAUAAUGGUGUUUAGCNUGCUGUGUCUUGUGUUUGAAUUGACAGGUGCUCUUGCUGUCGGUGCCAGAACCGCCUCGACUAUCAAGAAUGGAAUUAUUCCAUUAGAUGCCUUCAAAGGCAAUGCCCCGGUUCAACUCCUUGCCUUCACAUGUGCCGCUGCGGGUGCUUCAAUUUGGGUCAUGUGGUGCACGCGACACAACGCCCAUGUCUCCUCGACUUACUCCCUCGUCUCGUCCAUCGCUGGUGUCGGUGUUGCCACUGUUGGUGUCAGCAAGGUGCAGUGGGGGUGGAACAGUUCGUCUCCGUUCGGCAGUNAUGGCUCUGGUCUUGGUGCAAUUUUUGCCGGCCUCGUUAUGGCUCCAGCUAUCUCCGCAGUCUUCGGCGCCACCAUCUUCAUGCUCGUCAAAACGACAGUCCACAUGAGAAGCAACCCCGUGCCUUGGGCGGUCUAUACCUCGCCUUUUUUCUUCCUCAUCGCUGGAACUGUCUGCACCCUCUCUAUCGUCUACAAGGGAUCACCCAAGCUUGGAUUGAACAAAAAGCCUGCAGUAUGGAUCGCUGGUGUGAGCGUUGGGUCUGGUCUAGCUCUUGCUCUUUUGGCUGCUCUCUUUUUCGUCCCCUAUGUCAACCAGCGAGUCCUCCGCAAGGACUACACCCUAAAGUGGUACCACGUCUUCAUGGGACCUCUUCUCUUCUCUCGCAAGGCUCCUGAUGAUGCCGAGUUCGCCAUGGUUCCCAACUACAAUGUCAUUCACGAGGAAGAUGUAGUCAAGGCCAAAACUUCAGCACCCNCCUCGAUUGAGAUGACUGGCAAGGGAGGUGACUCCGAGAUUACCACUGGCGAGCUUCGUCGCAGAUCUAUUCACGUCUCUGAGGAGGGUGGAAGUGCUACCUCGUCGCCUGAGAUUGCCCCUAUGCGCAGAAACAGCAUCACCAACGAGAAUCCCAGAGAGACUUACGCCCGCCUACUUAAGGAAGCUCGUGAGCAGCAUCACGCCGACCUACGUCAAGAGCGCGGUCCUUUGGGUUGGGCUAUGCGUACUGUCCACGAGAACCAGAUGGGCGCCGGCUCCGUCUACGAACUUCACAACAUGAAAGCAAUUUUGAAGUGUAUCCCUGCAGGCAUCGUCAUUGCUUUGAUGUAUGGUAUCUACUACGACAUUCACAAGGCGCAGGUCGGUGUCCUCGGUACUCCUGAGGGCAAGCGUAUGGCCCGUGUUUAUGCUCAUGCUGCCCGCUACCCCAACGAGGUUGAGUAUUUGUACUCCUUCGUCCAAGUCAUCACUGCCUGCACUGCAUCCUUCGCUCACGGUGCUAACGACGUCGGUAAUGCUGUCGGUGUUUGGGCUGCCAUGUACGCUGCCUGGUCGACCGGCUCCUCCGUCAAGGCCAAGGAGACAUCAAAACUAACCUAUGAAACGCCCGUCCCUACGUGGCAAAUCGCAGUAAUGGCGCUUACGAUCUGUUUUGGCUUCAUUACUUAUGGUUACAAUAUCAUGAAGGACCACANNGUCAUGGGGAACAAGAUUACGUACCAUUCACCGAGUCGAGGAUCAUCCAUGGAGCUAGGAGCUUCCAUCACUAUCCUCAUCUUCUCCCAGUACAAGCUUCCGGUGUCCACCAGCAUGUUGGGUGUAGGUCUUUGUAAUGGUAGCUUCAAGGCAGUGAACUGGAGUCGUGUAGGCCUGCUGCCAGGUNUCAUGACUAUUCCUAUCGCUGCAUUGAUUGGAGGCCUCAUCAUGGCCAUUACAUUGAAUGCUCCAAGCUUCUAG